AUGGCUCAGCAACUCUACAAACUAUUCAUUCGUAAUUUACCUUGGACAGUAUCUUCACACGAAUUACGUUCCUAUUUUUCUCAAUUUGGUUAUGUAACGCGAGCUACAGUAUUAUACAACAAUGAAACUGGUCUCAGUCGUGGUUUUGCUUAUGUUGACUUCAAUAAACGAGAUGCAUUCGAAGCGGCUAUGUCUCAACCACAGCAUAUUCUCGAGGGACAACGUUUACGUGUCGAAGAAGGCUCAUCAGGAUCACCCCGUCGUCGUUCUUUCAAUCAAACUGAUACUUCCUCGAAUAAAAAGCUCGAGAAAGUGAAUCAACCACCCGAAGAACAGUCCUAG